CGCAUGCGUAUAACCCGAUGCAGAGGAAGACCCGGAAGUAGAACGUAUUGUUUUGUUUUUCUCCACAGUGGCUAAAAAAAGUCUCUGAAAUGUGACGUUGUCUCGGCUUUUAACUCAAUUUGCUGAUUUCGACUGCAGCCAUAUCAAGUUACAGUGACAGAAUGAUGGCAGCCAGAACUAACUUGUUAGCUGCUGCUCCGUCCAACAACAAGGUCAAAUAUUCACGGCUCGCUGCUGAUGAUGAUGGAUACAUCGACUUACAGUUCAAGAAGAGUCCUCCAAAGGUUCCUUACAAAGCCAUCGCCCUGGCUGUGUUCCUGUUUCUGAUUGGCUCCUUACUGAUCAUCUUUGGGGCUCUUCUCCUGACAGGAACUAUAGAAGUAGAGCAUUCAGAACGGACCAUUCCCGUCAUCAUUAUUGGAAUCUUGGUUUUCCUUCCUGGUUUUUACCACCUGAGGAUCGCCUACUAUGCCUACAAGGGUUUUCGUGGUUACUCCUAUGACGACAUCCCAGAUUUUGGCGACUGAACUAAAGAUGGCUGCUGACUGGUGGGGGUCUCUCAGGCUGUUACUUCCUGUUUACCUUCAGUUUCUGAAAGUGAAACAAAAUAAUCACAAAAUUGUGCAGCGUUUCAGAUUUAAAUAAUGUAUUUGUCCCCUGGGGGGCAGUUGGAGGCAGUUAUUCAAAAACAGAGUAUAGUGAAGAUUAAAUAACGUCCGUGUGUCCGAGUUGUCUUCUACAGCUGGAGCGUAUUAUGAAGACAAAUUUGAGUUCAGUACUUUAACAGUACAAUAAAAAUCCAAAACAUUUUCUCAGCUUUUCUGCAUGUUUUUAGCCAAUUUGAACUUGCAAGAAGCUUACUAUAUAUAUAUUUUUUAUUUGUCAUUCUAGAGAUAAUACAUAAUUAGCACGUGUUGGAAAUAUCACUUUACAAGUACUUGUUUGCACAUUUUUUGUUCAUGUUAGCACAAAAAAACACAAACAAUCAAAGCUUGAGUUCAUUAUUUUUACAAAGUGGUUGGUAAUUACAGAAAUAUAAUAUUUCUGUUUCAAGAAUCAAUUUACAUUGCAUUAUAGAUUUUUUGUGUUGUGUUUUUUUUUGUCAUUUGAUUGUGGAAGGUUUACAGAAUUUUAAAAUGUAAAAAUUCUUUGAGUCACUGACAUUUAUAGUUUAAGUUUUUUUAUUUCAAAUGUUAACAGUGAAGAAAUAGAAAUACAUUUUGUUCAGGUUUUUCUCAACUGCUGUCGAAAAUUAAAGCAAAGUUGUAUUUUCUGAAAUAUUUAUCCGUUUCAGUAGUAAAACAAUACUUUAUUACUGAAAUGUUUACAGCUAAAACUAAGUAAUAUAAUUUAUAUUUGUAUAAAUGAAACUAAUCAUAAACAAACCCUAAUAUACACCCUGACAACCAAAGACUUUGUCUGUUUGUACUCAUGUGUUUUUUUUAAAUAAAAGCAUUUGUUUUCUACAAUAAAUACAAACAUUAAUUCA